CUUGUUUUUCUGCAGGAAGUCAUCAGCCUCAUAAACGCUAUGUAUCACCUGAGGGUGCCGGUGUUUCUCCUCACGGCGCUUGUAUUGCUCCGCUGCAUCGCCACUGCUCCGAGCCACAGGUACUUCAGUCCCAGCUCCUCCUCCGAUGACGAACAGGAGAGAGCCCUUCCAGACAACGAGAGCUGGUCACUGCCUGAGCUGAUCUCCGACCGGUUUCUUGGCCUCAUUGGUGUCAGGCCACAGAGGGGGCUCUCAGCAGCAAAUAGUCAUCACUUACAGAAGAGAAAAUGCAACACGGCCACCUGUGUGACCCAGAGGUUAGCAGACUUUCUGGUCCGGUCCAGUAACACAAUCGGAGCGGUCUACGUCCCGACUAACGUGGGAUCCAGCACCUACGGCAAGAGGGACCUGCAGCAGCCCCCCAGCUACCUUCCCUUCUGAUACAAACUGGGAAAGUAGCACAGUAUGCCUAGAGAUAAAAUGAUCUUACGUAACAAUGAAUGUGAAAUGAUGACUCUGAUGAUAAAUUACAACAUAAGAAUAUUUUUUAUCAUUAUUUUA